AUGCAGCAGCUCAGCAGCAGCAGCAGCAGCAGCAGGAGCAGCAGCAGGAGCAGCAGCAGCAGCAGCAGCAGCAGCAGUGAUGUGGAGAGAGGUGGUGGGUCUCGGUUGUCUCCUGCUGCGCUGCUGCUUGCUGCAGCAGAAGCUGUCGUUGCAGACACCGCCCCCCAGUACAGGCCUAAGCUGCGCACGAGAGCAGCAGCAGCAGCAGCAGCAGCAGCAGCAGCAGGAGCAGCAGCAACAGGAGCAGCAGCAGCAGCAACAGCAGCAGAAGGCUGCCUGCCAACUGAUGCAGAAGUAGAGGCCUUCGUCGCUCAUAUGGCUGCUCUGGACGCAGCAGUUGAGGAGCAGCAGCAGCAGCAGCAGCAGCAGCAGCAACAGCAGCAGCAGCAGCAGCAGCAGCAGCAGCAGGAAGAUAGAAGCGAAGCAGCAGCAAACAAUAACAUCAUCGACUGGCAGCAGCUAGCUAAAGAGGAGAAACCCAAAACUAAACUAAACCUCACCGCGGCCUAUGCGAGCUGCAUGCGUCUGUACUCUUCUGUGCCGCCUUUUGCUGCUGCUGCUGUUUGUUUGUUGGGUUUAGUUGCUGCUGGAGAUGCAGCAGCAGCAGCAGACAGCAGCAGCAUAAAACAAAUAUCUAUUCAACGGUUCGCGCACCAGCUGCGGCUGUUUCGUCUGUCUCCUCAAGCAGCAGAUGGAGAGCUGCAGCAGCUGCCGCGCAUGCAGCAGCUGCUGGACGUGCUGCAGGCCAAGGGUUUGCUGCUGCCAUCGGAGACAGACAGCAGCAGCAGCAGCAGCAGCAGCAACAGCAACAGCAGCAGCAGCAGCAGCAGCAAUGGAAGCACAAGCAGCACGAGCCCGUUAAGUGCUAGACUCCCCCAGACGCAGGUAAAGCUACCGCCGCCACCGCAGCAGCAGCAGCAGCAGCAACUGCAGCAGCAGCAGCAGCAGCAGCAGCAGCAGCAGCAGCCUGCUUCAGUCGCCAUAAGAAGACAAGGAGGGACAUACACAUAUAUCGCUACAGAUCUUGCUGCGCUUAAAGCCAGGGUGGAGGCGGGGAACGACUGGGUGUUGCUGGUUACAGACGAGCAGCAAAACCCUCACUUCCGGCGUCUCUUCUCUUUGGGGGGUUUUAUCGUCAGCAACAAAACCCUAAAAGAAACAAACCACAAACAAAACCCUCUGCUGCAGCUGCUGCUGCAUGCACACCAGCAGCAACACCAGCAGCAGCAGCAGCAGCAGCAGCAGCAGCAGCAGCAGCAAUGGCAGCGGCCGGAGCACCUGUGCCAGCACCGCCCGGACCAGCACCAGCAGCAACCGCAGCAGCAGCAACAGCAACAGCAGCAGCAGCAGCAGCAACCGCAGCAGCAGCAACAGCAGCAGCAGCAGCAGCAGCAGCAGCAGCAGCAGCAGCAACCUGAGGUGUAUGUACAGCACCUGGGUAUUGGGGUCGUAAAGGGCCCCACAGGAGAGAAGCUCGCCUCAAGAGCAGCAGCAAGCAACCUGCUGCAGCUAACUGAAACUGUGCUGCAGUCGACGGAGAAGGAGCUGAGACAAAGACACCCCGGGCUCUCUGCUGCCGCUCUCAGGCAAAGAGCAGAAGCUAUAACAGCAGCAGCAGCUGCUGCAGCGGGUAGAGGGCACGAAGCAACAGCAGCAGCAGCAGCAGCAGCAGCAGCAGCAGCAACAGUUUGUUAA